AUGGCGGCGUUGGCGGGGUGGGCGGCCUUGGGCGGCGUCUGGCUGCUGCUGCUGCUGCGGUGGCGGCGCCGGCUGGUCCUGGGCCGCUCCCGGGCGGCGGCCUCCGAGGCCUCCAUGCGGGGCCGAACCGCCCUCGUCACCGGAGCCAACAGCGGCAUCGGCCUGGCCACGGCGGCCCAGCUGCUGCGCCAAGGGGCCCGCGUCAUCCUGGCCUGCCGGGACCCGGGCCGCGCCCGGGAGGCCGCCGGGACCCUCCGGACCCAGCUCUGCUCCCGGGCCUCCGACCUCCCCUCCGACCUCUCCGACCGGCUGGUCCUCAAGGAGCUCGACCUCGCCUCGCUCGGCUCCGUGCGCCGCUUCUGCCACGAGGUGCUGCAGGAAGAGCCCCGCCUGGAUGUCUUGAUCAAUAACGCUGGGAUUUUUCAGUGUCCUUAUAUGAAGACGGAGGAUGGUUUUGAGAUGCAGUUUGGUGUCAACCAUCUGGGGCACUUCUUACUCACCAAUCUCCUUCUGGAUCUUCUCAAAAACUCCGCUCCAAGCAGGAUCAUUGUAGUUUCUUCCAAGCUUUACAAAUAUGGAGACAUCAACUUUGAAGAUUUGAACAGUGAGAUAAGCUAUAAUAAAAGUUUUGCAUAUAGUCGCAGCAAGCUGGCUAACAUCCUGUUCACCAGGGAACUAGCUCGCCGCUUAGAAGGCACAGAGGUCACAGCAAACGUGCUGCAUCCCGGCAUUGUCCGUACCAAUCUCGGCAGGUACAUAGACAUCCCUAUAUUGGUCAAACCCCUCUUCAACCUAGUGUCCUGGGCUUUUUUUAAAACUCCACUCGAAGGAGCCCAGACAUCUAUUUAUCUGGCCUCUUCUCCCGAGGUAGAGGGGGUGUCGGGCAAGUAUUUUGGAGAUUGCAAAGAGGAAGAGCUGCUUCCAAAAGCCAUGGAUGAUGCAGUUGCAAGAAAACUCUGGGAUAUCAGUGAAGUGAUGGUCGGCAUAGUAAAAUAAAGACCAGAGGACAGGAGGUCAGAGAUGCAUCCACUAAGCUUUUGAUAACCCUUCUGUCCAAGUGCCACGACAAAAAGAUGCAUCAGUCGCUUGAAGACUUGAGGAAUGUAUGUCCAUUGUUUAAACAUAGAAAGUUCCCUUAUUUUGACGAUUGUUAUUAGAGAGGUUGUGCUCUAUUUUGAACUUUAAGGAUCCUUGUGUAUUUGAGUGAUGACAAAAGAGAAAGCAUGUAUAGGGCAAAAUAAAAUGACUCUUUUUGCCUA